UAAGCUUCUUCAUUUUUUUUAAGCUUGGGUCUUGUGCCUUUCUAUCCUUCAACUUUAGCUUACAAUAGCAAAGAGGGAAGCAAGAACAUAAACAGUGAAGAACCCCACAUCCAUGGCCUCAAUUGCCAUAUCUGUCUCCUUGCAAGAAGCUUGCAAUUCUCAUCAUAUCAUCAAGAAACAACUGUUUCAAAUGAGGCCUAGAUGCUCGUUUGGAGUUCAGCAGGCAGCUCAUGUUGUCAACAAGGAUCUUGAAUUGAAGAAGGGAGGCGUGCUUGAGAUUGCAGAACCAGGAAAAGCCAUUGUUGGUGACAAUAGUCGGAAGGGAGUCCAGAGUGAAUCUGUACAAGGGAUGGAAGCAGUUUCUUCUGUCACACAGUUCUAUGAUGAGAGAUGGAAAAAUGGAACUAGGGAUCUGAAUAUGUUUGUGAAGGAUGAAGCAAGGAGGAGAAAGUUCCUUGAAUUGUACCCAGAAGCAGCAACAACCAAAGCUCCAGUGCUCUUCAUGAGCUCCAUCAUACCUUGGUGGGCAUGGCUCAAGAGAUCCCAUCUUCCAGAAGCUGAGCUGCUCAAUGGCCGAGCAGCAAUGGUAGGAUUCUUCAUGGCAUAUUUGGUAGAUGGUUUAACUGGGCUAGACGUGAUAGGUCAGACAGGCAAUUUUAUCUGCAAGGCAGGUCUCUUCAUCACAGUCGUUGGAAUAAUCCUCUUCAGGAAAACCCGAGAUUUUGGCAACUUGCAAAAGCUAGUUGAUGAGGCUACCUUCUAUGAUAAGCAAUGGCAAGCUACAUGGCAGGAUAAAAGAGCCAGCAACAGCAGUUCAGAGUCUUCAGACCAAGAUCAAAUAACCAAUUGA